AUGGACACCACUCGGAACAGAAAACAGCGACGAGCUGCAGCUGCCGCCUCGCGAACAGACUCUUUCGAUCCAUCUUCAAUCCCGCUCGCUCGACCCCCGGAAACCGAUGCUUUAAGCGGUCAGAAAAAAGGAAAGACUUUGGUGGAUCUGAUCGCAGAAAGGCAAGGCGAGCUUGAAGGGAGAUUGAACUCAUCAGGUUCGAAGGAAAAUGUCGAAACCAAGUAUGUGACAAUCGACCCCAGGACGGGCGAGAUUUCUCCUUUCGAUGAGGUCAAUCACUCGAGCAGCGGAACUGGACAAGAAGAACAUUCCUCUGAAGAUAGCACGACGGAUGAGGCUUCGGAAGAUGAUCGUCUUCCACCUCUCAUCGAUACAAUUUUGCUUUCAUUCCCCUUGACCGUCUUGCAUCUAACACUGGGUUAUCUUGCUGCCCAUCAGUAUGCACAGAGCAUUAAUCUUCCAGCCCUCUUCCGCAACUCUGGCUUCGUUGCGUUCCCGAUGCUCACCCUCCUCAUUCAUCUCGCGCAUGGGCACAUCGUGAAUUUCCGCCGAAAUCAAGCGGAUUCUGAGGUCAUAUCGCUCUUCCCGUGGCACCCAGACAAACUCUCCUUUGCUUUUCUGCGCAAACUGCUCUUCCCGCCGUCUCUAAAGACUCUCGUUUUUCUUCCGGGGGCCGUCAUACUCGGGAACAAACUGAUGGCCAUGACGAACGAGGAUUCUUACUAUGCCGUUAUGAAGCACGCGCCAGCUAUCGGGACAUUGUGGGUUUGGUGCAUUCUGGAGAUUCCCGUAGGAGCGGCUGCUCUUGGGGCAUUGGGACCGUUGGUGUGGGGUGUUUGGUGGAAAGGAUAUGGCAUCAUCUAG